AUGCCUGUCAGAAAGGAUCCUGUGACCUCUCCCCGCCCCGCCCCUCAACCACCUUCCUCACAAUGGGGUUCAUUGCUGAGGUGGGAGGGGCAGCCUAGGGAGGGCACAGCGUGGGGCCUGCCUGCCAGACAACCUCGGGGAGCCUGUCCUUUCAAGCAUGAGCCAUACCAUCUGGGCUCCCCGACUCCCAGUGUGCUCUUAGCUCUGCCCGCCUGGCGUGGGGUCCUGGAGACCUUCUUGGAGCUCAUCCAGCAACCAUCACGCAGGGUGGUGCUGGGGACCGCCCUCUUACUCGGAGGUGGAGCCCUCAUGUUGUGGAUGCAGAGGAAGAGGAGAAGGAAGGUAGAUUCUGAGGCUGCACAAGACGAGCAGGAGCCACCAGAAAGCGACAAAGCAAGGAAGGAGAGCUGGAUCAAAUCGCACUUCAGCUGUCUUUCCGAAGAGAAGCUGGCUGCCGGCAGCAGCCCCACCUGCAGCCACAGCGCCGGGGCCUGCAGCAGCGGUGCUGCUGCCCAGCCUGAGAGCGGCAGCGGGGAGGCCAGCACCACGAUUCCUGUGGACACCUUCACCACGAGGCAAGGAGAAGAGGGCACUGCUCUUCACCGGGAGCCCUUGACCAGCAAGCAGAGGAUGUCUGGGACCUCAGUGACCAAAGAGACCCACGAGGAGUCUGGGAAAUCCUCGUCCACGGAUGAGGCCAUGUGGGCCGCCGUGGCUGCCUGUACCGAGGAGAUUGACACCAAGGGGCAGCAGCUGGCUAUCUCCAUGUUGCAGCGUGCCAUGGCUUGCCAGAACUCAGGCCACCUGGAGUCCAAGGACAUCAGCCAGGAGGAGCUGAAGGCCCUCGAGGAGGUGGAGAUGAAGCUGAAAGGGAAUUUCCUCACCCAGCAGGAAACCACCACAGCUGGUGCCAACCACAUGCACACCUUCCAUAGCCAUGGCCACCAGGGUUAUCCAAGCCACCCGAGCCACCCGUGCCACAGCCCGCCGAACAGCAGCCACCAGGCCUACCAGCCCUUUAAAGCCACCUAACCACAGAUGGAGAUGCCCCUUCCCCCCACAGGGCUGGCACGCAAUCACAGGCAUCCUAUGUGGUCCGGCUCUCCGAUGGGGCAAACUGUGUGGCCCAGAUGCUGCUUAAAUCCCUGCUUCGUCAGGCCCUCACAGGGGUCCCGGGUCCCUUGGAUUCUGUGAGCGGAGUCUGCCACUGAUGGCCCCUGAUGGAGGGAGAGCUGGGGGGAAUUGAAGCAGCUGAGACAGACUCGCAGGCCACGGAAGACCCAGCAAGAGAGGAUGCGCGAGGCAGAUCCCAGGAGCAGCUGAGAGCACCACGCUGAUGCCAGCUGCCUGGAACUGAGCCAAUAAAGCC